AUGUUGUUAUCUUUUCUUUUUAACCCGUAUGUUCUUGCGGGGAUUUUCAUCUUUGUGUUUUAUAUUGUGCCCUAUCUACGGCUUUCGUACCUGCGUGAUAUCCCUUCGCCAUUCGCUGCCGGGUUCUCCAACCUCUGGCUUUUAUAUCAAUGUCGAAGGGGAAAGAGAUAUCAGGCUGUGCAUGACGCUCAUAAGAAAUAUGGAAAACUCGUGAGAAUUCAGCCAGACCAUGUCUCCGUCGCCGACGCCGAUGCCAUCCAGACCAUCUAUGGUCAUGGAAAUGGUUUCCUGAAAUCUGAGUACUACGAUGCUUUCGUGUCCAUCCGUCGCGGGCUCUUUAAUACUCGCAGUCGGGCCGAACAUACUCGAAAACGGAAGACUGUUUCCCACACCUUCAGUGCCAAAUCAGUAGGCCAGUUUGAGCAGUAUAUCCAUGCCAACCUGCAGCUUUUCUUCCAGCAAUGGACCAAUAUUUCUGAGGUGCAGCGAAACCCAAAAUCCGGAUAUGCAUCGAUUGACGCUCUGAAUUGGUUUAAUUAUCUUGCCUUUGAUAUCAUUGGCGACCUAGCAUUCGGUGCCCCAUUUGGCAUGCUUUCAAAAGGGAGAGACGUGGCGGAGAUGAGAAAAUCGCCGGAUUCCCCGGCUUCGUACGUUCCUGCCAUUCAAGUUCUCAACCGGCGCGGAGAGGUUUCAGCAACUUUGGGAUGUUUCCCCGCUCUGAAACCGUUUGCGAAGUAUCUCCCAGAUAAGUUCUUCCGGGAUGGGUUGGAAGCAGUGGAGCACCUGGCUGGUAUUGCGGUAGCACGUGUGUCCGAACGUCUUCGCCCGGAGGUGAUGGCGAAAAAUACUCGAGUUGAUCUUCUAUCUCGCCUGAUGGAGGGCCGUGAUGAGACUGGUGCAAAACUCGGCCGUGAAGAACUCACUGCCGAAGCAUUGACACAACUCAUUGCAGGUUCAGAUACGACUUCUAACACCUCUUGCGCCAUGCUCUAUUGGGUCUUGAGAACUCCGGGUGUCAUUGAGAAGUUGCAAGAAGCCUUGGACGAGGCAGUUCCGGCCCACGUCAACGUCCCAUCGUUCUCUAUGGUCAGAGACAUUCCUUACUUACAAUGGGUUAUUUGGGAAACGAUGCGCAUCCACAGCACUUCGUCUCUCGGUCUUCCUCGCGAAAUCCCACCAAAUUCGCCGCCGGUCACAAUCGAAGGCCAUGUUUUCCACCCAGGAACUAUCCUCUCAGUUCCCGCUUAUACCAUCCACCACUCACCAGAGAUCUGGGGACCCGAUGUGGAAGAAUUCGUCCCAACUCGGUGGGAUCCCGCUCGACUAACCCCACGACAGAAGGCGGCAUUUAUUCCCUUCAGCUAUGGUCCACGCGCCUGCGUUGGAAGAAACGUUGCGGAGAUGGAGCUCCAUUGUAUUGCAGCAACGGUCUUCAAAAAUUUUGAGUUCCGGUUGGAGCAGGAUGGUCCCAUGGAGACCUCCGAGGGUUUCCUGAGGAAGCCCCUUGGGCUGAUGGUCGGCAUUAGGAGGCGACAGCCAAACUUGAACUAA